UCAAUUUUCAAUAACGCUUAUGGAUUUUCUAAAGUGGUUUAGACUUUCCCCAAAAAAAAUUCUGACGCCAUAACUAAUACCCAACCACCCUCUGACAUUUCUACUCGAUGGUACGUUCCGUGCCGUAAUCGGAAGAAGAUUGAAAACAUCUCAAACGCGGGCAGCGUUUCGUUCAAGGGAUUCAUUGAAAAUAAGUGGAAGUACGCGCGACAUGCAGGAGGACUCAAGCCACAGUCCCAGCUACACCGUGCCAUGUGACGACUUUGUUCAUGUGGUGGAGUUCAGUCCCUUCAGCUCCGGUACCCCGGCAUCUCUCCUGGCCUAUGGUGGAAACCAGUACGUGGUGGUGGGCACCUGCCUCUUCCAGGAGGAGGAUGUGGAGGUCGAGGGAGUUGAAUUCAAUGUUCUUCGAGCUUUUCACCAUGAACUGCGUGUCGACGCUCUAGCCUGGAGCCCCGAGUCUCGGCUGGACAGGAUACCCACUAUCAGGUUGUGCACGGCUGCAGCUGACAGAAAGCUACGCCUGCUGACUUCUGAUCUUCAGGAUAGGCAUGAAGUCAAGGUAAUGGAGGGUCACAUCAGCUACAUUAACCAUUUGGUGUUCGAGCCCAUAGAGGGGAAACAAAUUGCUUCCGUCAGUGAUGACCACACUUGCAGGGUGUGGGACCUGGAUGGGAAUGAAAGCGCUACUUUCCGGCUUCAGUCUCCUGGCAUCAGUGUGUGCUGGCACCCAAAGGAAGUCUUUAAGUUAAUGGUGGCAGAGAAGAAGGGGACGAUUCGCUUUUAUGACAUGGUCACCCAGCAGGCCAUCCUGUCACUGGAGAGCGAACCGCUCAUGUCGGCAGACUGGUGCCUCACCAACACGAUCAAAGUAGGCGGGGUGUCAGGCAGCGACUGGCUGAUCUGGGAUAUAACUCGAUCCAGUUACCCACAAGAAAAAAGACCAGCUCACAUCGAUAAAGCACGGCUGUUUAGGUGGUCUCGAGCCAAUGAAAACCUCUUUGCCACAACGGGAUGUCCAGGAAAAAUCAACACUCAGCUGAUCAUCCACCAUCUCGGCCACCCGCAGCCGGUGGCGAUCGGGUCGGUGACCGUCGGAUCAGGCCUCAGUUGGCACCGGACGCUGCCGCUCUGUGUGGUCGGCGGCGACAGGAAGCUUUGCUUUUGGAUGACUGAGAUGUAGACAUCUGUUGUGGAAACCUGCGUCCUGUUUCUGUUUGUGCUCAAUAAAAUAUUUUUCCAAGUA